AUGGUUGGUAUGAAGGUUCUCGCCGCUGCAUCGGCGGCGCUGUCCACUUUUGUGUCGGCUGCUUUUGCCUUGGAUGUGGAGCUCAAGUCCAACGUCGCGGUCUACUGGGGUCAAGGUUCUAAUCAGGAUCGUCUGAGCCAUUUCUGCCAGGAGUCUACGUUGGAUAUCAUCAUCCUGGGCUUCAUCAAUGUCUUCCCCCAGGCCGUUGGAGAUUGGCCCGGCUCCAACUUCGGUAAUCAAUGUGAUGGAACAGUCUACCCAGGUACAGAACUUCUUGAAGGAUGCCACCAGAUCUGGGAAGAUAUUCCCACCUGUAAGGCUAUGGGAAAGACUGUUCUACUUUCUCUUGGUGGAGAGGGUGCCACCACUGGUGUCCUAGACCAUGAGACUGCCUUAGGGUUUCCCCGUCCGUUCGAAAAUAAUACUGUCGAUGGAUUCGAUUUCGAUGUCGAGUCUGAUGGCGGUCACGGAUAUGGUUCCAUGAUCACCCGCUUCCGCGAGCAUUAUGCCAACUACCCCGAGGAGAACUAUUACAUUUCAGGUGCGCCUCAGUGUGAAAUCCCCGAUGCGCAGCUCGGCUAUGCGAUCGACCAUGCCGCCUUCGAUUUCAUUUGGGUUCAGUUCUACAACACCCCAUCCUGCUCUGCUGUGUCCUACUUCAAUCUCGUAGGCGGUUUCAACUUCGAUGCAUGGGUGGCUGUUGUUCUAGCCAGUGCCAAUCCUUCUGCCAAGCUAUAUAUUGGACUGCCUGCAGACCCUACCAGCGCUUACUACCUGACGGAGGAUCAAGUCACCGAAUUGGUUGGAAGGUACAUGAUCCUGUAUCCUGAUACCUUCGGUGGUAUCAUGUUGUGGGAGGCUACCGCCGCCGAAAAUAAUGUUGAUGCUCAGGGAUUGACCUACAUGGAGCAGAUGAAGGAGGUUCUAUACUACUAUGCUCCUCUUCCUACACCAACUCCUACACCAACGCCCACUGUUACCCCCAUUGUGACACCGACCGCGUUGCCUACCUCGGUGACCCCAUCUAGCAUUGCUACCGCCUCCAGCUCUGUGACUCCCUCCAGUGUUGCCACUCCUUCGAGCUCUGCUACUCCCUCCAGCGCUGUGACUCCCUCUAGCUCUGCUACUCCUUCCAGCAUUGCUACCGCCUCCAGCUCUGUGACUCCCUCCAGUGUUGCUACCCCCUCCAGCUCUGUGACUCCCUCCAGCGCUGUGACUCCCUCCAGUGUUGCUACCCCCUCCAGCUCUGUGACUCCCUCCAGCUCUGUGACUCCCUCCAGCUCUGUGACUCCCUCCAGCUCUGUGACUCCCUCCAGCUCUGUGACUCCCUCCAGCUCUGUGACUCCCUCCAGUGUUGCUACUCCUUCGAGCUCUGCUACUCCCUCCAGCGCUGUGACUCCCUCUAGCUCUGUGACCCCCUCCGGCUCUGUGGUUCCCUCCAGCGUUGCUACUCCCUCCAGCAUCGCUACUCCCUCCAGCAUCGCUACUCCCUCCAGCAUCGCUACCCCCUCCGGCUCUGUGGUUCCCUCCAGUGUUGCUACUCCUUCGAGCUCAGCUACUCCUUCCGGCUCUGUGACCCGCUCCAGCAAGCCAAUUUCUAGCUCGACUGCCCCGGCUCAAUCGACCCAGUCAGGCUCUCAAUCUAGUUCUCCCGUGGCAGCUCACACUUCGGUUCCAGCUUCUUCCCCGUCCGUCGGACCAUCUGGCUCUCUUUCUCAGUCUGGUCACGCGAGCUCGUCCGUGAAGCCCUCAGGUUCUGGAAGCCCCUCUCUAUCUUCUUCGACCGUUGCACCCGUGGGCCCCUCGUCGGAGCCGAGCGUGGCUUCUACCUCGAAGCCCAUCCGUUCUCCUGUUCCCUCGCGUACUCCAGUCGUUCCCACUAAGCAGUCGACAUCCGCGGGUGUUUCUAGCUCGAGCCUGGAGGCCUCUUCAUCAGUUGCUUCCUCUAGCUCUGGUGUUGUUGCGUCCAGCGUUGGUGCUUCAACUGCUUCUUCUGGCGUUGCGGCUACUAGCACUGGUGCUUCGGGUGUCCCGUCUGGUGCGACUACAUCCAGUGCUGGUUCUUCAGCUGCCUCUUCUGGCGUUGCUGCCUCCAGCUCUGGUGCAUCGGGUGCCGCGGGUGUUUCUACCUCUAGCACUGGUGAUUCUGGUGCCUCUUCUGGUGCUGCCACAACCAGCACUGGUGGCUCGGGUGGCUCUGGUCCCUCUUCUGAUGCUACCACAUCCACCUUUGAUGCUUCGACGGCCUCCUCUACUGGAUCUACCUGGAGUGCAACCCUCACUUCUGGUGAAUCGGUCGGUACCGGCGCUGCUGGAUCUACUUCUACCGUUAGCGGAACUCAUCUGUCGCACCCAAGCGGAGGUGAAGGUUCUACGAAGACAGCUACCAUCACUGCCUCUCCUUCAGUGACCCCGGCUCCCACUUCGUCCCCGGAGACAAUCACAACUGUUAUUGUCACCUCGUACACGGAUAUCUGCCCUACUGGUUUCACCACCAUCACCACCACGAUUACCACAUAUUAUUGCCCUGAGACCGCAGCCACUGCUACCGCCACCAACCCUCCAUCGGGGGCUGUCACCACUACUGCCACCGUUCCUGAGGGCUGGCACACUACUGUGACUGUCUGCACCCACUGUGCUGCUACUCCCACGACUGUGACUCUGACUCUGCCGAACCCCACGACAACCGCCGCGGCCACCACCGAGACUGCCAUCGUGCCCGUGACGGAGGUAUGGACCGAGACCUGGACCACCACUGUCUCUUUCUGUGAUACAUGCGGCGAGACUGGCUCCUCUGUCGUUGUGACUGUGCCAUACACUGCCCCGGCUGCUGUCGAGACAGCUACUUCCACAUGGGGCUCAGGUGCAUCUGCUGGCCAGGGUGCUGGACAGGGCGAGGGAUCUAGCCCUAGUGGAGCGUACACUGUCGCUACUUCCGUUGAGACAGUCACCUUGACAUGGGCUACAGGUGCCCCGGCCGGACAAGGUGAGGGAUCUAGCCCUAGUGGCGUGCCUCAGCCCCCCGCUAGUGGGUCCGUCGGUGUGAUCUCCGGUCACCCGGCUUCCACUGCUCUGGUCACUGGAGUUGCCGCUCUUCGCACCUCCAGCCAGACUCCGUCGUUUGUUUUCCACCCUGCUACCACGAGCGUUGUCUCCGGCAGCUCGGCAACCGCCAGUGCCAUAUCCCAAGGUGCUGCCCCGGCAUACAACGCCGCUGGAUCUCGCUCGGACAUGGUUAAUUUCUUCGGAGUGGCCUUUGCCGUCCUCCUGUCCGCUUUCCUGAUGUAA